CAUCAAGGGUGAAGAUAUUCCAAAGUCUCGACACGAUCCAUACCCUUCUACGAAUCGCAAUUAUGCCAACAAUCCACAAUACAAAUCUGAAGAGGGUGCGCAGAGCGACGCUGAAAUAUCUACAUCUGAGAGGAUAGAAGAUGAGGAGCAAAAAGGAUCAGAUAAAUAUGACAACAAGAAGGGUGAACAGGAGAAAUCUGCGACAGAGGCCGUCGCAAGCGCUGUCGACCCAAAAGAAAAACGCAAGGCAAUGAAGAAGACCAAAAGACACGGAGAAGGGCGUGAAGUUACAGAUCCGGUAACCCACCUACCGAUUAUCAUACACGAUCAGACUGAGAAGGACCUCGACUCGAUACCUCAAAACCUGCCAGAACCAGGUGUACAUCACGAUAGUGCUACUGGGCCGCAAGGCGCUUCGAAGUCGGAUGGAGAACUGAGGUCAGAGCGUGUGGAACUACAGCGAACAUACAAUGGCAUGCAAAGGGUAUUCCCCCCGCCAGAUUUUGAACACACAAAACAGGAGCUAGCUGUUGUCUACCAACGAACUGUAUAUGCCGGCUUAGCUGCCAUCGGCUCUUUAGCAGCUGUCUUAUUACCCGCUCCAGCGAUUCUCUAUAACCCGAGCCGAUCCGUUCUACUUAAUACAAGUAUAUUUGUUCUCCUGGGAGCAGCAACCGUUGUUGGCAUGGGAAAGUGGAUAAGUAAGAAAACUAGUGAAGUAUUUGAAGACGAGACUUGGGAUGCAGCAAGGCGGGAGGAAGAGGCUAUUUUGAGGAACGAUGAGGAAUUACCAGAAUCGACGCAAUGGCUGAACAGUCUGUUCUCAUCCAUCUGGCCGCUCGUCAAUCCUGAUCUCUUCGCUUCUCUAGUAGAUCAGAUCGAGGAUAUUAUGCAGGCGUCUCUGCCCAAAGUUAUCAAAAUGGUCAGCGUCGACGAUAUGGGGCAAGGCAGUGAGUCUAUUCGCAUACUGGGGGUUCGGUGGCUACCAACUGGUGCUGCUAGUCAAACUGUGAGCUCUGACGGACAACUUCAUGGGGAGAAUAACGGCUCCGGAAGCGACCGAACAGAUCCACAGAAUCCGCAAGGGGGUGCCGAUAGCCAAGAAAGCCAUGUGGAGGAAACUCCAGAGAGUGAUGGUGCGAAGUGUAAGGAUCCGAAGCAAGAGGAGCAGGAACAAGUAGCUGUGAAAGAGGGGAUGGAAGCCGAAGAAGGUGACUUUGUGAAUAUGGAACUUGCGCUGGCCUAUCGGGGUCGCACAUCUGGGGAUUCAUUGAAAGCGAAGGCUAAGAACGCCCAUCUUUACCUGAAAUUUUACCUUCCUGGAGGGGUAGCGGUCCCCGUCUGGGUUGAGCUUAGGGGCCUUAUCAUGACUGUACGGCUCCGUCUUCAGCUGACGCCAGACCCUCCCUUUAUUUCACUAUGCACCUUGACAUUCCUUGGUCAGCCCAAGGCUAGCAUUUCAUGUAUUCCUCUUUCGAAGCGCAUGUCGAGUCUCACUGACAUGCCACUGAUAUCUUCAUUCGUCAAUUCUGCCGUCGAUGCUGCCCUCGCCGAAUACGUGGCUCCGAAGAGCCUAACCCUUAAUCUAAAGGAUAUGCUAGUAGGAGAAGAUUUUAAGAAGGAUACAACUAGCUUAGGCGUUGUAUGGGUUUUCAUCAAGCAGGCUCGCGGCUUCAAGCAAGGCGACGGUGGGAUCGGCCCCAUAGAAGGCUCAAGCGAUUCGUACGUUACUGUAGCCUGGGGUAAAUUCGGUAAACCAGUUGCUUCGACUCGCAUUGUUGCGAAGGAUAACGAGCCAAAUUGGCACGAGUGGGCAACCAUUCUGGUAACCCCGGAAGAGGUGAACGCCGAGGAAAAGUUAAGAUUACAACUCUGGGAUUCAGACAAAUGGUCCGCAGAUGAUGAUCUAGGUCGUGUGGAAGUAGACUUGAGAAGUCUUAUGAAAAGCCCAAACAAGAUACAUGAUCGCGAAGACCGCUUUACCGGCCAGGACGCCGACGAGACAAUGCCAGGAUCAAUAGUAUGGUCUGUCGGAUACUUCUCGAAAAUGAGAAUCACAUCGAAGGAACUCGAACAGCAAACCGUUAACGAAGAAAUUAGAACCCUUGAUCAACUCAAACGGCAUGUCUCCGAAGUAUCUGAGCACAAACUCAGAGAAGCGGGCAAGGCUUCGGACGAUGAAGAAUUGAGACAACAGAAAGCUCAGGAUUAUAGGGAAUUUGAAGAGUCUAUGAUCAUUUCGGCCCCACCAUCAACCGACUUGAUCUCAGGCAUUCUCAGCGUACAGAUACACAAUAUUACCGGCCUCGAAGUACAGAAGCUUCAGAAGAACGACAAAGGAGACGGCGGUGACGACGAGGACGAGACAGAGCAAAAUGACGACAUGCCCGACAGCUAUUGCACCAUUAUAUUAAAUCACAAGAAGAUAUACAAAACGCGGACGAAACCAAAGAAUUCGAAGCCAUUCUUCAAUGCCGGAACAGAGCGGUUUGUUCGCGAUUGGAGAGACACCGAGGUCAUCGUGAGCGUCCGGGAUUCACGAGAGCGGGAAGACGACCCGUUAAUAGGAAUCGUUUACCUUCCACUAGCGAAGAUUUUCGCGAAGAAGAGUCAGAUAAUGGAGAAUUUCCCUUUGGUUGGUGGCAUUGGUUUUGGACGAGUCCGCAUUAGCAUGGUUUGGCGUAGCGUGGAAAUCAAACUUCCUCCAAAUCUCCGCGGGUGGGACUACGGAACCUUAGAGAUUCGCGGGCCUAUCAAGGCGAAAGACGGCUUGCCGAAGUCUCUGACAGGGCAUCGGAUUAAGAUACGAACCAAUCUGGGACAUGCUAAGAUGUAUCCCGAAGGCGAUCAGUGGGUCUGUAAGAGCAGGAAGGAAAACGAGGCUGUGUUUUUGGCCGUCCGUAAGCGAUAUGCUUCAGCCAUGAUUAUCGAAUUCCGAGAAUCCAUUCUUGGACACGAUAAAACUGCUGCCUUCGCAGUUUUGUGGCUUCAUGAUGUCGUCGAUGAAGAAAACGAUACAAGGUCCCUGAAUGUGUGGGGAGGAUCAAAGGAUGGACUCGAAAAGGCUCGAUCCUGCUGUGACUAUAAUGGCUUAGGAGAGGAUGAGGAGCCCCUAGGCGAGGUCGAGGUUGAUCUAAAGUUCUGGCGCGGCCUCUCUGGAUAUCACAAGAGCUAUGCAUCCCAGGCUAAGAAUACUGACCUGAGAGACGUCAUGGAAUGUUUAGAUACAAUUACUGACGAGCAACUCGAUGACAAUGAAAGCGAAUCUGGGAAUGAGGCUGAUAUGGCAAGCGACAAUGACUCGGAGGACUCGGAGACUCGCAAGAAACUUCGCGUUCAUACUAAUGACGACUCGUCGCGCUCUAGCUCGGACGAUGAGGACGACGCCCAAGGAUCGCCGAUCUCGUCUAAGUUAUCCUUGCGAGACUUCAAGAAGGUCAAGAAUAUUUUCCACAGCCCUGUCGGCGGAUCAGCUGAAGUAGCGACUGCAGUAGUAGCGCCCGGCCAUAAUGAUCCUGAUGAUGGAUCACGAGGUGUACGGAACCAACUGCGCGACUACAAGGACCACCAUAGACAACUGCAUCGCAAACAUCGAGGUAUUAUGCAGUUUCGGCCCGCAAGAGAAGCUAGCCAUUUCGGCGGCAAGCUAAGUAGACUAAAGGGGAACAUUAGUGGAAUGUUCCACCACGAUGAGAAAGAGGCUGGCGUCGAGACGGAAGUCUAAGGAUGACAUAGUCUUGGGAUGGUAUUUGGGACGGAUGGUGGCCCAGGAAAUGAAUGGAUGAGUGAAUAAGGCUAUCAGAAUACCUCAUAAGUGUUGAUGAAUCAUAAUGACUUGAUGAGUAUAUGUUGUAGGAUGUUACUCUGUUGGUUAUGAGAGACAGGGAGUAAACUUAUGUGAUCGAUAGUUUGAAGGGUCCUUUUUUACCUAGGGCCAAGACAGUAGAGGGAC